AUGUUCAAAGCCGCCAUCAUCUCUUUCCUCGUCGCUUCCGCCGCUAUGGUCAGCGCCACCAAAAUCGAAGGUGCUUGUUACCAAGACAACUGUCAACGAGCGGUCCAGAGGACAUGGCAAGGUCCAGCUGUCUACGCCCAACACAUCUCUCAAUGUUCUUCGGCUCUCUCUUGCUCUUCCACCCCGGCUGCCUCGACCACUACAACGUCUACCACCGUCACCGCAGGUGUUACCACCAUCUACGUCUCGGCAGCUACCAACACCCCUGCUCCUGUCGCUGCGGUCCUCUCAUGCCCUACCUCAGGUAUCCCUUCAGACCAAGCUCAAAACUGUGAUAACUCAUGGGCCUCAUACUCCUCUGCUUGUUCAUGUGCUUCAGUCACUCCUACCACCUCUGUCGCUCCAACCCCAGUAGUCACCGCUACCAUCACCACCACCGUACCUGCCAUCGUCUACGUCACCGGUGCCCCCGAAGCCAUUGCUCUUUAA